AUGAGUCCCUCCUUGACAGAAGAAACGCAGCAGCUCAAAGUCCUGCAUCAUCUGCUUCGAGACCAGCGGCGCAACACGAGCGUCGGCAUGUCGUGCGAACGCCUGUAUCGCGCAGACACGUUCAGCGCGUUCUGGACUCCGAUCCUAUCAGAAGUCCGUCUACUUCGCCUCCACCGGAGAGGCCUCAGGAAGAGUACAUACGCACCAUCUGAUAUCCUGACCUCACAACUAACUGUCUUGUUUCUUAGGUUCAUGAUCCCAGGGGUGCUGAACGAUGACAAAUACAGAAUGGUCGAAGACGAGUUUCUGCACGUCGCCCAGCGCUUCACAGCGCAUCUCCACCGCGCAGAAUACGAUCGCCUCAAAGCCCUCGCCAAGGCGCAAAACGCAGACACCAUCCGCGAGAUUGAGCGUCCAAUCGUGCCAGAUCUGCUGCCGACUGCCAGUACGCGACAGAGAAGGGCGUCGCGCCAGCGGGUUCUGAAGCAGCGUAAGGCGCUGGCCGCGGAUGGCCGUGGCGACGAGGACCGCAAAGCCAAAGGCGAUGGGGCAAAGUCGCCGUUGGCGGCAACGGGUUUACGAGGCUUGAUGGAGGCGCCGAGGCGUGAGGGUAGGACCAUCAUGCCUGCUGUGAGCGCUUCGUCUGCUUCGUCUAGGACGAGAGCGGCGGCGGGAUAUUCAAGCAAGUCGUUGCCACAGCAGGAUUCUCGAAGCCGAGAGCCGUCGCCCUCACUGCCACCAUUACCGUCAUCAGUAAAGAGGAUCAAACACGAACCACUCGCCAAUUCACGAACAACUUCUGCGCCAAGCGGAAGCACGUCACAGCCUUCUCGCGGUUCACACUCAGAUGUCCAAGCCACGUCUUCACCCGCCACAAGGAAUCUGAAGGAAACGCCUCGAGAAGAGCGUAAGGCCCCCGAGCAACGACCUAACGUCCACGUUUUGGACGACGACGACGAUGAUCUCUUCGGCUUGCACGAGCGUAUGAUGAGCAGGAAGAAAUCCCGAGAGCAAUUUAAACGGUCGGGCGCCAAGAGUGCCAUUAAAGAUGACUCGAACACAAUCGACCUUACCUCUAUCCCUUCAUUCUUAUAG